GCCAGUUACAUUAAAGGCUACAGGUAUGUUUUAAUCUCUGAAUUUUACCACGAUAUACCUUCUUUUUAAUUUUUGGUUUGGAUGGUGAUGAUUAUUCAUACUGUGUCCAAUGGCCCUUUCUCAAGCACUAAAAUUACGGUUAUUUCUACUUAUACCGGUGGUGGUGGAUGUGAAUAGGCAAGGCGCUUCAGGACUAGACUGCUGGUUCUGCACGACUGACAACACUAACAACGAGCCGGAGCUGUCAAAGCUUGCCAACAAUUCCACCAUUUUUAAUGCCUGUGAACCUGGAACCUUACCCAGCACCGCAGUAGAGCAUUGUCCACUCGAUGACCUUCGUUACCCUUUCAUGUGUGGAAUAUUCUACUAUCCGGACAUGAGAAACAAGAAUAACAAAAUACCGAUUUCCCGACGCUGCAUUCAAAAGACUUAUUCUGCCACUCCCGCCUUUACAGCUGCACAACCGUUAUUCUGUUACACUUGGUUGAAUGCUGGCCCGGAGGGCACACGCUACUCCUGUAUCUGCAGCGGGGAUUACUGCAAUAAUUUCCCUCUAGCAGCGAUCGGAAUCGCCGUUGACAACACAAAUUUAUCAGAUUCUCAGAGAAAACCAAUACCAGCUGGAUCUUCUCUAUCGCCAAACAAUGUCGCUGUGCCAGGAAGUGCGGGUAGCGCAUCAGGCAGCACAGGCAGCGCAACGGGCACUGCAGGCAACACGGCUUUGCAAUCCGUUGCUGGUAACAAGGAAUCUGGAGACAGAGUGGCGGCUAGUGGACAAAGCCCCACCUCAGCCGGCAAAGGUGGUUCGACAAAAGGGAGCAGCAAUGCUGCAACUGGAUCAAAAGGCAGGUCAUUUAAUGUUAUCUGUCACACUAACACAAUGUCACAUACAAACACUAUGUAUGACCUUUCGCAGAGGGUGGGCCAAACAUGA